AUGCUCGAGAGUCAUGAAACCUUACAGCAGAUGCUCGUGAUGAGACUGAUAAGGCCCACCGACCGGGAUGGAUACGUAACACCGGAAUCCGCAUACGGAGACACACCGGCGAGCAAAGCCACAGACCAUUUGGGAUGCCUGAUAAAAGCCACACUGUGGAAGAUUGCCCAGCACCAACUCGCGCGCCUCAAGACCCGCAAGACGGCUAUGCCAUUUUUCAGGUUACCCAUUGAGCUACCAGAGCCGUCAAUCCAUCCGGACGACGACGACGAUAUGCCCCCAUUGCUCCUGUCAGAGGAAGAAUUUGAUUCUGAAGAUUCUGAAGAUCGAGGCGAUGGCGACGACGCCAACGGGGAUGAUGACGAUGACGGUCUGUGA